GAAUAUAGAUGUACUUAAUGUACCAUGUAUGGCCCGAUAUCUCCAAUUUCUGCGGAGCCUUCACUCUACUGGGUACAGACUCAGUUCCAUGGAGGAGCUGAAAUACUGUGGAAGGUCCCUGACGCUGGCGAGAAUGAGCAUGCUCAACCCCCCACCUUUGACUCUUCCAUGACAACGUUGGAGCAAAGGAAAGAAAACAACGCCGUGGGAAUGAUCCCUAUCCGCCAUCUAGGCGGAUAUUUGAAUACGAACAAUUACGAGAUUUUCCAUAUUAGCGUGCUAUUAUUCGCGCGAUAAAGCUACAGGCGGAGGCAUCUUGUACAGCCCGAUACCGGGCGGCUUCAGCGGGCUGAAUAAGCGAGUGUUCCGAGCCGGCCCCAAACUGCAUCCAAGCUUUUAAAGGUCCUCGUCGCCUGCAAUAUCAAUUGUCACCAAUCGCGCCAUGUCCGGGGCUAGGAAUUUCUCAGCCGCCCUUCGGCGGGCUCGCCUGCCAAAGCCGCGUUUUCUUGGACGGCCUCUUGUCUCUCAGAUCGCCCCGGUGCCCGCCGUUCGCAACUUUUCUCAAGCUCCUACAUUACGGGCAACAAAAGAAGUCAAGUACACGAGCGAUGCUUACCCUACCCUCAAGAGAAACCCCAACUUCGCCGAAAUCACCGCGGAGGAUGUUAAAUACUUCAAGGAGCUCCUCGGCUCCGAAUCAGCUGUGAUCGAUGGCGUAACGACCGAUGCGACGGAUGAUAUCGAGCCCUUCAACGGCGAUUGGAUGCGCAAAUACCGUGGGCACACGAAGCUUGUCCUCAAGCCUCAGUCGAAGGAGGAGAUUAGUGAGAUCUUGAAAUACUGCAAUGGCAAGAAAUUAGCUGUUGUCCCGCAAGGUGGAAAUACUGGGUUGGUAGGGGGUUCCGUGCCGGUAUUCGACGAGAUCGUUCUCAAUACCUCGCGGAUGAACAAGAUCCGCUCGUUCGACGAGGCUUCUGGUGUUCUAGUUGCAGACGCUGGUGUUAUCCUUGAGGUGGCGGACCAGUACCUGGCUGAGCGACACCACCUCUUCCCUCUUGAUCUUGGUGCCAAGGGCUCGUGCCAUAUUGGAGGGAAUGUCGCCACGAACGCCGGAGGGCUCCGCUUGCUACGAUACGGCAGUCUUCAUGGGACAGUGCUUGGCAUUGAAGCUGUUUUGCCGGAUGGGACAAUUAUGGACGGCUUGUCAACGCUGCGAAAGAACAAUACCGGUUAUGAUCUGAAACAAUUAUUCAUCGGUUCUGAGGGUACCAUCGGGAUCAUUACUGGUGUCUCAAUUAUUUGUCCUCCUCGACCAAAGGCCGUCAAUGUCGCCUACUUUGGUAUUGAGAGCUACGAACAGGUCCAGAAAGCGUUUGGCGAGGCUAAGAAGCAGCUAUCUGAGAUUCUCUCUGCGUUUGAGCUUAUGGAUGGCCGGUCUCAGCGACUCGUCCACUCAAGUACUGGUAAUAAGUACCCUCUAGAAGGCGAAUACCCAUUCUACUGCCUGGUGGAGACCAGCGGAUCCAACGCUGACCACGACAUGGAGAAGCUGGAAACGUUCUUGGAGAGCAUCAUGGGCGAAGGAAUCGUCGCCGACGGUGUCUUGGCUCAGGAUGAGACUCAGUUCCACAGCAUCUGGCGUUGGCGUGAGGGCAUCACAGAGGCUUUGAGCCACCUCGGCGGAACCUACAAGUACGACGUUUCGAUUCCUCUACCCGAACUGUACCAGUUGGUGGAUGAUUGCCGGGAACGGCUGACAAAGAUGGGGUUCGUUGGAGAUGAUGACUCCUUCCCCGUCCGCGCCGUCGUCGGUUACGGCCACAUGGGCGAUUCCAACUUGCAUCUUAACAUUGCUGUCCGACAGUACAGCAAGGACGUCGAGAAGGCGAUCGAGCCUUGGGUGUAUGAGUGGAUCCAGAAGCGGAAUGGUAGCAUCAGUGCCGAGCACGGUCUGGGUGUUGCGAAGAAAGAAUUCAUCGGUUACAGCCAAAACGACACUAACCUGAAACUUAUGAAGCAGUUGAAGGGUUUGUAUGAUCCGAACGGAAUUCUGAACCCGUACAAGUACAUUUAAAAAGCUACAUACCCAUUUGCAUAUAAAAUACAGCCCUGUUAGACGUUGAACAAUAUCCAUAUAUAGUUUGUAGAAUAUAUAUGCCUGAGGCACC